UCGGAGAGAUGAGAUUGUAGACAUUUUGAAUUGGAAAAUUUAUUUCAGUUAAAUAUUUUAUAAUUUUUGUCAAUUUAUGUCACAAAUUCAGUUUUCUUAAAAUGUAAGAUGAAAGAAUUAUUGAGAAUUGUAUCAGGAAAAACAUAGAAAAUUUUGUCAUUCUAAUAUAAAAUAGUUUUUGGCUCUUGCUUGCAUUUUAAUUUACUGCACAACUACCUACGUAGAGUAUGAAUAAUCUUUUGUAGACUUUUUUUGACGAUCAAAACAAUUUGUUUUUGUUUCAUUCAUUUUCUGUAAUUUCAUAACUUCCAAGUUAAUAAUGACACUAUCGAACAAAAUUAUUCUUGGUCAAAUAAGUCUCUACGUGUUUGCACUAAUUCUUACAUUUUGCUUAACGCUGCCACUGGUUUUGAACCAAUAUUUAUUCGAUGGUCACUGCUUGCUCUUCAGUGGUGGAUCAUGGCAAGAAGAUGACGGUUUAUUGAACAUUGCGUGGGCAAAUAAAUUAUAUUGCGCAUUUCCUAUCCUUACUGGAAUUGUCACAUUAAUCAUCGCAACUGUUCAAAUUUAUCGCUUAACAAAACUUUAUCACAAAGAAGAAGAAAGUUCUUUCCUGGCUCUCUUCAUGGAUGCAUUUUUCUCCCUAAUAUCAUGCUCUAUGAUUCUAACAUCAGCAAUUUUCAUCACACUUGGGUUUAUAAUUUGGUGCGGUCUAAUGAACGAACGAUUCCCAUCAUGCGACACAGCUGAUGGACAAAACAUCACAAAAUCUGAUGUCAAUAUCAAUACAAUUCACUUCUACACUCAUAUGGGAAUAGCUCAAUUCGGAGGUUGGAGUUCUUUCGCUACCUGGGUUGGAUUAAGCACAUUUGCAAUAUUGAAACUUGUCAACAACCAUCAAUUAAGGAAUCUCCGAGUGUCAAUGUAUUUAGAGAGACAAAGAUUAGUGAAUGAAGAUAAUUUUCGUGAAAACCUCACUGAGGCACCACGUCCUGAAAGCUCUUCAGAUUAAAUAUCGUCUUGUCUUUUACAUUUGAAGAUGAUUCUUUAAAAUAUGCUUUGUGAUCAGAUUGUAUCAUUAUCUUACUCAAUAAUCUUUUAUACAUCUUAUACUUAUCCAUAAUUUACAUUAAAUGUCAAGAAAAUAAUUAAAUGUUUUGAGCUUUAUGUUAAACUUAACAUUUUACUGUCGUCUUCAAUCAAAGCCCUCAGAAUAAAGAAACAAAUAAAAACAAAACUUUAAUCUUUUGAACAUCAAAAUGUUUUCUUUUAUGAUUAAAUUUUUAUGAAGAUAAAAGUUAAAAUUGACAAAAC